ACCCCAUCCUCAUCUUUCUUUGUCUCUCCCUUUCCUUUGUCUUCUUUGCGUGUACUGCCUUUGAGUCCUUCUUCUGAGUUGCUGUAUGUUCUUUGUAAACCGCAGUUGCCUUUUGUUCUUGAUUCUCCUUGACGUUUCCCGUCCUUCGACUUCCGUCAUCCUUUCUUAACAUCGGAUUGUGCUCCGCCAAGACCGAUCAUCUCUCUAUUAUAUUGCACUCCCGUGUUCUUUUUCUAUCUUAGUCCACCAAAACUUUCACAUGUUUCAUCCAGGACAGUGGCCAGCAGUUUAUCUUGUUAAUCUCGCAUAGAUUCCUGUUGGCUAGACGUGGGGCCUUGAAUCCGUGGACAGAAGUCCAACAGAACUCUAGAUCUGUGCAACACGACUCGUCGUCGGACUUAAGCCAUGGCAUCCUCGACAAACCACUCGUCCAUCGACGACAUUCUGGAUGAUCUUCAAUUGAAUCAAGUUAUCCUUCAAAGCUUGGACCAGGAACGACCCGAUGCCGUCCUCGAAAGACAGGAGAUUAUAGACACCAUCAAUGAUCUCCAGGCGCGUCUGGCGGAACUACGCGGUGACCCACCCCCCAGUCUCCAGGCUCGACAGUCUUUGGAUGGCGCCGCAGAUUAUGCAAAUGGGAUCCAGCCACAACUCCAUGAUCUGGAUGAUCCAUCUCCGCCAUGGCCAUCCCAGCCAAACCAUCGUCCGGACUUGCCCCCUUUCGCGGCGCCUUCCUAUGUGCGAAAGCGUCAGCGCGAUGAGGAUAUUGGUGCUCAGAAUGAUGAAGAUGCCGAAACAGAUUUCACUGAUUUCACUGAUGAUCUUGAACUGCCAGUCAAGCGAGUGCGAACCAGCCGACCAUCGGAAAGGUCUAGCCCUGGCGCUCAGUCGAGCCGGAGCGGCCUGGCGGAUGAACAGGAUGGAGAAAUAGGGGAUGGUGCUGAUGAACUGCGAAAACUGCUUGGUUUAGACAGCCAGGAUACUCUGCAGCGCCUCCAGGAGGAACAGAGGAUGGCCGAACAAUGGCUUGAGGAGCGCAAAGAACAGGAGCGACGAGAUGAAGAGUUUGCCCGUAGGCUUAAUGAAGGCUUCCAGGAACCUCAGCGGCCGUCAUCAUCGGUGGCUAGCCCUGCUCAUCAUGCAAGAAACUCGGCUUUCCCGGUACCAUCAUCUUCAGCUCAGGGAUCGGGCGAGCAAUGGACAUCAUAUCGCGAGCCCAACAAUGCCAUUCACAAUCCUGUGCCAGCUCAAGCCAGCGAUUCCGGCCACUUGGGUUUUGGAGCUCCAUCACUUCCCGAUAGAAGUCGCUUUGGAUCCCAUCGCUAUCCCGUCCCCAUAGCCCAAGACAGCGACGACAGCGACCUCGCGGAAAUUACCGAAGGUGAUUUUCAACGUCACACUCGAAGCCCAUCGAAUCAUUACACUGACGGAUUACCCCCCUAUUCAUGGAUGCCUAGGCAUCCCGAGACAGAUCCUUUUGGAAACCCGUCAGGUUCUGGUGGCCUAGGUGCAUCAGGUCCGGUGUACGGGCCAAAUGUGUUCCAAAGCACUUUGGCAAGGCUCAAUGCGGGAAAGCAGUUGUUUGAACAUGCAGGGAGGUCCAUUUUCGGAGCACUUUCCAAUGGAGUACUUUCCGAUGGAGCAGUUGCCAAUACACUUCCAUCCCAUCGUGGGUCAGAAUAUUACGACAUGCUGAAUGAUAUCUACGACAAUGCGGAAGAUCCCCAGAAAGUCAACGAGGAUAUCAAACAACUACUUGAGACCAUCAGACCCGAUUCCGAGAUCUCGAAGGAAAACCGGGAAGGCACCCCUGAAGCCCUCAAAUUUAAUUUGUUGGAGCACCAGAAGCUGGGGCUGUCGUGGAUGAAAUCUCUAGAGGAAAAGGACCAGAAGGGUGGCAUUCUUGCAGACGACAUGGGACUAGGAAAGACAAUCCAGGCCAUUGCUCUGAUGGUCUCCCGACCUUCUGAGGAUCCAGAGAGAAAACCAACGCUCAUCAUUGCCCCGGUUGCACUGAUGCAGCAGUGGAAGCGAGAAAUCCAGAGAGUCUUAAAGCCCGGCCGACACCAACUGAGUGUCUACGUUUUACACGGCGACAAACGAUCCGUGGGCUUCAGGGACCUGAAAGAAUACGAUGUGGUUCUUACUACCUUUGGGACCUUGUCUUCCGAAUUGAAGCGCUGCGACAAGUAUGAUGAACUGCAGAAAUCUGGAGCCAACGAACGGACUGUUCUUAGCGCACUCAUUCAAGGAAUGCCAUGCCUUGGUCCAACUAGCAAAUGGUACCGCAUCAUCAUAGACGAAGCUCAGUGCAUCAAAAAUCGGAAUACAAAGGCUGCGAUAGCAUGCUGCCGUCUCAACUCCACCUACCGCUGGUGCAUGAGUGGGACUCCGAUGAUGAACAGCGUUCAGGAGCUACAUUCUCUGUUGAAGUUUUUGCGCAUUCGACCUUACUGUCACCUGGAAAGAUUCAAUCGUGACUUUACCCGCCCGCUGAAGGGCUCCAGUGCCAGUGCGCAGGACAAGGCGAUGAGGCAGUUGCAAGUUUUGCUCAAGGCGGUUCUCUUGAGACGAACAAAGGAAUCCAAGAUCGACGGCAAACCGAUUCUUGAUCUCCCGCGGAGGGUUUCCGAAAAGGUACAUGCCGUUUUUAGUGACGAUGAGCAGGAACUGUACUCGGCACUUGAGGCAAAGACCCAACUCCAGUUCAACAAAUACCUCGAAGCUGGUACUAUUGGACGGAAUUAUUCCAACAUUCUUGUCUUGCUCCUUCGACUUCGGCAAGCUUGUUGUCAUCCCCACCUGAUCAAGGAUUUUAGUGUCAAGCUGAACGCGAACACGGACGAGCUGGAUCUUGUUGAGAACGCGAAGGCCUUCGGUAAUGACGUUGUCAUCCGCUUGAAAGGAAACAGUGACCUCGAGUGUCCCAUUUGUAUCGAUGCCGUUGAUAAUCCAAUCAUUUUCUUCCCCUGCGGCCAUAGCACCUGCGCCGAAUGCUUCUCAAGAAUUUCGGACCCAGAGCUGUCCGUGAGACAAGGCCACGAUGGCAGCGUCGAUGUCAAGUGCCCGAACUGUCGUGGCAAGGUUGACCCAAAGAAAAUCACUGAUCACAUGUCAUUCAAGAAAGUUCAUUUCCCCGACGAGUCGGACGACCCUGCAGAGUUGGAACUGCCCAAGCCUGCCGAAGAGGAAGAGGACGACAGUGAUGACAGCGACCAGGACAGCAUAUCGCGAUUCAUUGUAAAUGACGAAGACGAAGGGGAAACCUCUGGUUCGUCGAAACGCAGAGGAAAAGCGAAAGGGAAAUUGCCCCAGAAACCUAAGAAGACCCUUGCCGAGCUGAAGAAGGAAUCGUCGAAAAACCUGAAGUCCAAACGCAAAUAUCUCCGUCGUCUGGAGAAGACCUGGAUAUCCAGCGCCAAAAUAGAUAAAACCUUGGAAAUCUUGGAUGACGUCCAGAACGGCGAGGCGGGUGAAAAGACCAUUAUCUUCAGCCAAUUUACUGCGUUGCUAGACUUGCUUGAAGUUCCAAUCAUGCGACGCGGAUGGGGCUAUCGGCGUUAUGACGGCAGUAUGAGACCCGCGGACCGGAACUCAUCGGUGCUCGAGUUUACCGACAACCCUGACUGCAAGAUUAUGCUGGUGUCCUUGAAGGCUGGUAACGCUGGUCUGAACCUUGUCGCCGCCUCCCAAGUUAUCAUCCUCGAUCCAUUCUGGAACCCGUACAUUGAGGAGCAGGCGAUUGACCGUGCUCAUCGAAUCGGACAGUUGAGAGAAGUGCAAAUCCAUCGGAUUUUGAUAGAGAAAACAGUCGAGGACCGCAUUCUCGAACUCCAGGACAAGAAGCGAGAAAUUAUUGAGGGAGCUCUAGACGAGAAUGCCUCGAAGAACAUUUCUCGACUGGGGACCCGAGAGCUGGCCUACUUAUUUGGUGUCCAUUGAAUACCUUAAUCUUACCACGACACGGCGUUGGCGGAUUUCUGCAACUUGAUCAAUCGCGUUUUCACUUUAUCCAAUGAAUCCAAGAUACCCCUUAAUUUUCCAUAUUCCCCUUCCUUUCUAUGCAUAUUCUCUGCUUUUGUGUAUUCAUUCCAUGUCUUCUCUCUGUCCUCGUCUACACUCCAUUGCAUAGAUCAAAUUCCUCGCACUGUGAGCACGAAAUUCGUGCCGGGAUGUUUUCCGGAACCCAUCCAUCUGCAUGGUUCUGCGUCCUCACUUACCGUCUCUUUUCUUAGAGCAUUGGUCUGGUUUUCGAGGGAUCUGAGACAUUUCGGCUACAUUAUUCUGUUUUCUGUAAUCCAGUUUGUUCAAUUCUAGAGAUCGCCUUUUUCUUUUCUUUUCUUUCUCGUUCUUCUGUUCUUGCGUAC